AUGAUAGAGGUCUGCAGCACAGGGAAGAGGCCCUUCGGCCUAUCACAGCUAACCCUUCUCAUUCCGUUUACCAGCUCUCGCCUCAGCCUGGACAUGUUGCCAUCUCUAUUGCUGAUCUUCAUUCUCCAGGAUGUAUCGAUGGCUCUGCCUCUGUCAAACGCAGUUCAGGAGGAGGUGAGGGCGCUGAAUGUGACGAUCGGUGCCCUGACACCAAUACAGGGGGUGCUGGGUGACAGCCUGACCAUUCCCUGCUUCGCCUCUUAUUCCGAGCCCCCCCAGACUCCCGGCACACCGAGAGUCAAGUGGAGUUUUAUUCGUGAUGGCAACGAGACUGACAUCCUGGUGGCCACGGUGCUCAAAGUGAAGGUCAACGAGAGGUACCACCGGAGGGUGGCACUGCCACAUUACCCAGCCACGGUCACCGAUGUCUCCCUGGAGAUUCGUCAACUGCUCAGCAAUGACUCGGGGAUAUACCGCUGUGAGGUGCAACACGGGAUAGACGAUGCGCAGGACUUCACUGAGCUUGUUGUCAAAGGUGUCGUAUUUCACUACCGUGAGACCUCCACUCGCUACGCCUUUAGCUUUGCCAGAGCACAGCAGGCCUGUGCUGACGUCAGUGCCAGGAUAGCUACCCCUGAGCAGCUGGAGACUGCCUAUGCCAGUGGCUUUGAGCAGUGUGAUGCCGGCUGGCUGUCUGAUCAAACUGUGCGCUAUCCCAUACACACCCCACGAGCUGGUUGCUACGGGGACAUGGAUGGUUUCCCUGGUGUUCGCAACUAUGGUACACAAGACCCAGAGGACACGUACGACGUCUACUGCUAUGUUGAAGACAUAGAAGGGAGUAUCUUUGCCAGUGAUGUGGACAGCCUGACCUUUGAGGAUGCCACACAGUUUUGCGAGGAGCGAGGCUCUCGCCUGGCAACCACUGGUGAGCUGUAUGCAGCCUGGAGCCAGGGCUUUGACCACUGCACCCCUGGGUGGCUCUUCGAUGGCAGUGUGAGAUACCCCAUUGUCAACGCCAGGGAACGUUGUGGGGGCCAUGUCCCCGGGGUCAAGACUGUUUACGCCUUCCGCAACCAGACCGGAUUCCUCGACCCCUCCUCGCUGCACGGAGCCUUCUGUUUUCUAGAAAUGGAGGAGUCCUAUUCUGACUACUUUGCGACAGACCUGGAAUACGAGGACCACACAGAGGAUUCAGUGCUGGUGCAGAGCACGACGGAGGGCGUGGGGGAGCUCGUGACUGAGGCUGAGGCCGGUGAAGAGGUCAAGGGGGACGUGUUUACCUUCACGCCGAGCACAGACGUGGUUCCACUGGACAACCCACAUACCCCAGCUGCCACGCCUCACACUGCACUGGUGGUGCCCCAACUCAACACUGUCCUGCAAGCACUGACAACCGUUCCUGCACCCCAGGACCGGUGGGGCUCCACACCCCAGCACUGGCCAGCUUCAGAAACCCCUGGCGGGAACCAGGCUGCCCCCAGCAGCGAGGACCAGGACCCACUAUGUGCCCAGGGGCCUCCACAUAGCGGGCAGCUGGAUUGCGAUGACGGAGACGAGAGCAUUGGCUCCGAGGUCCGGGUACCUCUUGGUCAAGCCCCCCCAGCUGGCAAGGAGGGCACAGCAUCCCCACCACGAGUGCCAGGAACCGCUCCCCAGGAGGAAGGAGGCAUGGAUGAGGAGGGGACACAUGUACUGAAUGCUCUCCAACCAACAGGCGAGACCCUGGAGCCGAGAGGAUGUGGCCGAGGGCAAGAUGGAAGUCAGGGCAGCGAAGGCCUGGAAGGCUACCAGGGGCCUGCUGGUGAGGCCACAGACCUGGAGUUUACUUCCUCCAUCUCCAAGGCCACUCGCCGGCAGCCCCACCACCGCCACCACCAUCGUCUCCCCAGCGAGCGGGAGGCCGGUGGCCUGAAUGAGGCCCAAGCCCGGACGCCAAGCCUGUGGCCCUCAACCACCGGGGGUGGACGUGAUGGGGUGCCCCUAAGACCCCAGCAAGAGCUAGCAUCACCACCUCCACCUCAGGCCGCCGACCCCGGGAGAGCAAGCCAAGGGUGGCCGAAAGGUUCUGGAAGAUUGCCGGCUGCCGGAAUCUGGCCCAGUGAAGUGACCCGCGGACGGAAGGAAGAUUCUCGAAACUCGCCAGCUCCUAGCCUUUUGGAAAGUUCUAGAAGCUCGCAGGCAAGUGGACACUGGCCUGGAAUGACCCACGGAGGGAUGGAAGCUUCUAGAAACCCACCAACCUCUGGCCUUGUGGAAAGUUCUAGAAACUCGCAGCCGACUGGACUCUGGCCUGGAAUGACCCGUGGAGGAACAGAAGAUUCUAGAAACUUGCCGACCCCUGGCCUUGUAGAAAGUUCCAGAAACUCGCUAGUCCCCAGACUCCAGCCCAAUGGAGUGACCGGUAGAGGGAUGGUAGGUUCUGGAAAGAAGCCAGCCUUUCCUGUUCAUCCAUCGGAUAGCCCGAGUGGAAUGAGCGAGGCCCCUGGCCUUCUAGAAGAUUCUGGAAGCUUGCCAGCCACCCCGGUUGGAGAGGGGCCCCUGGGGGAGCAGGGAGAAGGUUUCAGAAGGAACAGGAGCAGCCACGGGGCUCCAUCUGGAGAAGUUGAUGGCUGUAGGGCCUCAGGCCAGGCAGUGUCCCUGUUUCCAGCCACUCGGGCCCCCAGCCUGCCAGUGGGCCUGGGCUCCCCCAGGGUCCCCGACCAUCUCGGGCCCUCUUCGCCCAACCAUGGCCCCGUGCUCCGAGUUGAUGGGGGUCCCACCCAGCAGGACUCGGCUCCAUCUCCUCCUCCUCCCUUCGGCAUUCCCAUGGAGGAAGGGAGUGGGCUGGAGCCUGUGGCUCCCGAUGGUGAUGGACCCACUGAGAAGGCAACUUUUGGGAAGGCAACACAGCUGAAGGGGACACAAGGCCGGGGGCUCCUUCUCAUUCUACUCGGAGCACUCUCUAUCCAGAUACCGAGUCUGGCCGCUCUCAUUGUUUCAGAUCCCUGCUACCCAAACCCCUGUGUGAAUGGAGGAACCUGUGUCGAGGAGGAUGACAUCUUUCAAUGUCUCUGUUUGCCAACCUAUACAGGCAGCCUCUGCCACCUGGAUGAAGUGACCUGUGAACCCAACUGGCUGAAAUUCCUGGGAAAUUGCUACAAGCACCAUAGGGUGCGCCGGACAUGGGAGACAGCGGAGGAACAAUGUCGGAGUGAGGGGGGGCACCUCACUAGUAUCAUGACCCCCGAGGAACAGAGAUUCAUUAAUGAUCACUUCCGGGAAUACCAGUGGAUCGGGCUGAAUGACAAAACAAUUGAGAAUGACUUCCAGUGGUCAGACGGAAAUCAGUUGCUUUAUGAGAAUUGGUACAGUGGCCAACCAGACAGUUUCUUUGUGUCUGGGGAAAACUGCGUGGUGAUGGUCUGGCACAAGGGAGGCCAAUGGAGUGAUGCACCAUGUAACUACUUCCUCGCAUUCACCUGCAAGAAAGGCGCCAGAUCGUGUGGGCCACCCCCUGCAGUACCAAAGGCUCAGUUACUUGGCAAGCUCAAAGUCAGAUAUGAAACCGACUCGGUCGUACGGUACCAGUGCAAAGCAGGCUUCUCCCAAAGCCAUGUACCCAUCAUCAGAUGCCAGGCAGAUGGCAGCUGGGAGCAGCCACGGAUUGUCUGUACACGUGUUUCCAAUUACACCGUGGUGCCCAACAGCCAGGAAGAGGACACCAAUUCCUUGGCAGCUAUGUUUUUGGAAUAA